AAUUUGGCUGUUUCUCGGCGGUUUCUCCUUCUCUCUGGAUGAGAGAGCACGUGUCUGACUACCUCCAACCCCCUCGCUCCCAGCUCCCUGUAAAGCGAGACGCAGACGAGCCCCCAUGUUGCGCAUGCAACGCGAAUGGACGGACUCAGCUGUGCCAGAGAAACUGCUCAUGCCGCCAGAAGGGAGCCCUCUGCACUAACCGUGUCAACUGCAAGCGUGGUACCUGCACGAAUUUUGUGUAUCCCAUGCACCCAGUGAUUUGCAAUGGUGAUGCUGAAUCUUCCCCUUCCGACGGCCCUGCCGCACCCUCCCCGGCCUCCUUCGUCGAUGACAAGAUGCAGGAGGCCUUCGGCGAGCCCCUCGUCAACUCGCCCGGCGAUGCGGGCUUUCCUGAGUGGGAGGAGUAUCAUCAGCGGGUCUGUCAGCUUCGCCUACGCUGUGUGACCCUAUCCGAUGGCAACCUUGGGGAAGCUAUUGCUGAUGCUGUCGCUGACGAGGUGGAGAGCAUUGCCGGACAGGAGGCGCCUGCAAAACGGCUCUUCGUCUUCAUCCGCACACUGAUCCAGCGAGAUCCCGAUGUGCGGCAAACCAAGGACAUCCGCCGGGUGGUCUGGCGGCGGCUGGAGAUGUGGCGGGCCGGGCUGGUGGAGGAGCUCUGCGAGGCUGAGCGACUGGACCAUCAGCUCGCCACCACUCAGCCCCCUCUUGACGACGAGUCCGUCUACCGCAUCUUCAACAGACUCAUGCUGCAGGGCAAGAUCCGGACGGCCGUCCGCUUCGUCACAGAGAAGGGGGGGCGGGGGUGUCCUCCAUCCGUCCGCUCAAGCUGAGAAGCGCCCACCAGGCGUCACACUGCUCGACGUCCUUCGCGAGAAACACCCACCGUAGCAGCAGCCAUGCGAGGAGGCCUUCCUUCCCUGCGACUCCCUCCCUCCCCUUAUAGACGUGGACAUCACUGACUCAGCGGUGGAGCGCACUACACGAAGCCUGAGCGGGAGCGUUGGGCCGACUGGAGGCGACGCGGACUUCUGGCAGGGGCUC